GGAUUUGAUGUUGCAAAUAAUUUUCUUAUAUAACAACCGCUACAAUAAAACAUUACAGUUAUAAACCGUAAAGCAUAAGGUUAACAAUCACUAAAAUGCAUACAACAACAACAAUCCUGGUAAUCGUGGCCCUAUUGACCAUCAGCACUUAUAUGGUGUCGGCCGAUCCAAUUCCUGAACCGGAGGCUAACGCCAUCCCAAACCCGGAACCUGAGGCCGAAGCCAUUGCUGAACCAGAAGCUAUUGCCGAACCCGAAGCCAUUGCCGAUCCCGAAGCCAUUGCUGAUCCCGAAGCCAUUGCCUAUCCCGAUCCCAUUCCCGAUCCCGAUCCCAUUCCCAAUAUCGCAGAAGAAAAUUUUGAUAUUUAA